AUGGAUGCCAAGUGCCCCAACAAGAAGAAAGAUACAACGCCCGCGGCAGCCGCGAACGUAGCUGAAGGAGACGGGAAGGGCGUGGCGCUCACCGCUGCGUGUUCGGCUGCAAAGUUGCUGGCCAACGACAAGGACUUGUGGUUCUUUGACUCAGGAUGCUCCCAACACAUGACCGACCGCAAGGAGUGGUUCAAGGUGAUCCGUGACCCAUCUGCAACGAAAUCAGUCAAAGGGUUUUAUGGUUCUAUGCAGGAAGUUGCCGGUGUUGGAAUGAAGGCCAACUUGGUCUCCCCUGGGAAGCUCUUGGACAAGGGAGCAAAGCUGCAAACCGAGGAAGCAAGGAACGGUGCAACGGCUGCAGCGGCAUGCAACGGCACGGCGGCUGCAGCGGCAUGCACCGAUAUGGCGGGUGGAGCGGCGAGCAACGACACAGGGGCUGCAACGGCAAGCAACGGCACGGCGAAGGAGAUUGCUGAUGUGGCUUCAAGCAAGCCGGAAGCUAAAGAUGGAGCGGCCAGCCUCAAGACGUAUGCGGUGGGCUCCAAGGCAACGCCCAACCUGUGGCAUGCUUGCCUUGGACACGUCCACUUCGAUGCGGUGAAGCAGACAGCCACGAGCAGUGGCGUGUUCGGUAUGGACCUGGAGAAAAGAGGUGAGGAUAUGCCGUGCACCUCCUGCCAUGAAGCCAAACUGACUCGUGAAUCAUUUCCGCUGCACGACGAGCGAGAGCCGAAUCCGGUGCCACCACGUACCGUCAUCGUGGUCCCAGUACCGUCCGUGCAAGGGGGCGAGAAACCCCUUGAUCGCUCGGUGGGCCCUUUGGGCAGCAAGGCACCUACUGCACCUCCUCCUCUUGGUCCACUCUCCGUUGCUGAUUUGGCACCCGUAGGACCAGAGGAUGGUCCUCUGGAGGUUGACACCAGCAUGGAAGAACACGAGGACGCAGAAGAAGAAGUAGUGGUGGAUGAGCACAGGCCUAACAAGGGGGUGCCACCUGUACGGUUUCAGCCAUCAGCCAUGACGGCCCUGGAUGCGGAUGAUGAGGACAACCUGUACGACGUGGCGUACCUUGCUGAGGAUGAGUGCGACACGGACAGCGAUGACGAAGUGGAGUACCCGGACGAGGAUGAGGAGGAGGAAGGUGCUUGGGGAGGUGUCAUCCUCGACCUGGCAGCUGCGUUGACCAGACCUGAAGGCAAGGAAUGGGGGCCGCACGCGGCCCCCUCAGACUGCGGGCAGCGAGGCAACAGUCGUGCGCAAGGGCCGGACGAGCCUGCAUGUGAGGAGGAUCCGGAACCAGAGGAUGCUGGGGAGGAUGCAGAUGGGGCGGACGAUGGAGAUGGAGAACCCGGCAUACAUGUGCGCACCGGGUUCUAUCGUAACAGGCACGGAUCAUCCUAUCGCAUUGAAGGGAUCAUGCUGCUGCACUGGGCCCGUCUUUUUGCGGUGACGCUGCGGUUUGGUAUCUACACAAGCAACGCCAUUGAGUCCAUCAACAGCGCUGUCCACGGCAUCCGCAUGCUGCCACCCACAUGGCUCCUUGCAUCGCUCAGGGAUUGCUCUCGCGACAAGUG